AAAUUAAUUUAGCGCUGUUUGGGGAGAGAGAGGGGAAACGACGAAGCAAAGGGGAAGAAGAGAAAAGACAAUGGGCGAGGUAUCAGAUACGACGAUGACGAUGCAACAUCAGAAGAAGAGGAAGAAGAAGAAGGGACGCCCAUCUCUUUUGGAUCUCCAAAAACGCUCUCUCAAGCAACAGCAGCAACAACAACAGCAAAUCCCUAACCCGAUCCAUUUAAGUCCUCACUAUACCCGUCGCUCCACUAGCCGGAACUCUUAUUCUGACCAGCCGGAGUGGGUUUCCGGUUCUGGAGAGGACGACGAACGCAAAGAAAAGAAGCACAAGCUCCUAAAUGGUCUGAACCCCCAUCCACAUUACCCGACAUUGUCGCAGAAUUCCCUGUCGUUUAGCUCCAAUCCAUACGCCUCUGAUUCUAAUGCGAAUGUUGAGGAUACCGAGGCGGCCAUCAAGAGGCGCAAUAUCAGCCCCGUACCUUACGCAUCUGAUGCAAUGGGUGACAAGCUUUUGAAAGCGACAGACACCUUAAAUGGGUCGCAGGUGGAGUCCGGUCCCACGACACCUUUACCGGACAAAAAGUUAUUGGUGUUCAUCCUUGACAGGCUUCAAAAAAAGGACACUCAUGGGGUAUUCUCGGAGCCAGUGGAUCCGGAAGAGCUUCCUGAUUACCAUGAAAUCAUCGAGAAUCCAAUGGAUUUUGGAACCGUGAGGAAGAAACUAGAUGGGGGAGCUUAUGCCAACUUGGAACAGUUUGAGAAAGAUGUGUUUCUGAUAUGCACAAAUGCAAUGCAGUAUAAUGCACCAGAUACUAUUUUUUUUAGACAGGCACGGUCUAUGCAAGAGUUGGCAAACAAGAAUUUCGAAAAUUUGAGGCAGGAUAGUGAUGAUAAUGAGCCACAACCCAAAGUUGUUAGGAGAGGCAGGCCUCCAGGAAAGAACCCGAGGAAGUCCCUGGACAGAGCUCCUUUUGAUCAUGUUUGUCCCGAGCCUGCCUUCGAUGCAAGUCUUGCCUCUGAAGGUGGUAAUGCAAGGGGGGCCAAUGCUUACAAUCUAAGAAAAGGUCAGCCUUCAUACAGGUUCCCACCUGCUGAUACUGUGCUCAGGGCUUCACAUGGAUCUCGUAACAGUGAAACUUGUACCAGUUGGUGGCCUGAAUGGGAGAAUGAAUUUCCCGCUUCUGUUUUGAAGGGUGUUGUCAAGUAUGGGAAGAAACAAUUUGCAAUAGAUGAGAAUAAGCGUGACACCUAUAAGGAUUUCUUGGACUCUGGUCAUGGGCCAUCUGUAAUGGCCACCCUUGAGGGGGACUGGAAGCAACUAAUGGCGGUAGGUCUAAACUUGGAGGAUGGUUAUGCGAGAAGCCUAACUCAAUUUGCUGCUGAUCUUGGCCCAGUAGUUUGGAAGAUUGCUUCGAAGAAAAUUGAAAGAGUAUUGCCCUUUGGACUCAAGUUUGGUCCUGGAUGGAUAGGAGAAAAUGAGGCAUUAAACCAGGAGCAAUCUUCAGAGAGCUCAAUAUCAGAUGAUGGUAAAAGUAAGCUUCCAUAUCACGUGACAUCUGAAUCAAAUAUGGCUUUUGCAAAUGGAUCGUUGUUGCAAGCUCAAGCAGAAAGAACAGGAUUUGAUUCACAAUUUGAGUUGACUUCACUGAAAAGUAGUGUCGGUGGAAAAAAAUCUAUGCCUCCUCUUGAGAUUCAGCCGAAAUCGUUAGUUUGCUCUGAUAUGGAUCGUUCUAAUGGGGGGUUGGGGUCUGGUUUUCUAUCACAAAUAAGGAUGGUGAGUCUUUCCAGAUUAACUGGAAUGUCUUGUUCUGAUGAUACUUCAUUGCCUUCUCAAGCACUCGAAACAAAUUCAAGUAACAACACUACCAUUUACCAAAUGCCCAGAAAUGAUGUUGAGUCAAAUGAAACCAGGUUCUCCGAAAUUGCCAGAACAAUUUCUGGAAAUUUAUUGGCCUUGGGCCCUGGUCUUAAGUCACAUGGAACAGCAGAAGUGAUGCUUGGCGGGGAGUCAUCUUGGGAGAGAUUGUUAAUGCACCAUUCAUUUCCUCCUGAUCUAAAUGUGAGAAUUCAGCAAACGAGUUCAACUAGUUCUAAUGUCCAGAUCGGUUCACCUCAGCAGCCGGAUUUAGUGUUGCAGCUCUGAGGAUAUGCUUUUUUUCUUUUCUUUUCUUUAAUUUUUUUCGAAUUUACAUAGGAGUGGAGCUCCUAGGAACAUUGACUAUUGAUGAAGCUAUGUAUAGAAAAGUAUAUCCGAUCUCAAA